GUCUCUCUUUCUUCCUCACACUUUAAACAUUCCGUGUUUUCUCUCAACUCUCUUUCAACAUAUCUGUUUGGUCAUCAUGGCUGAUACUGCUGCACCUUUGACUGUCGGCGGCGAUAGAACUUCUGGUCAGACAGUUCGGACUCAAAAUGUGAUGGCAGCAUGUGCAAUUGCUAAUAUUAUUAAAAGCAGUCUUGGUCCUGUAGGACUCGACAAAAUGCUGGUCGACGACAUUGGGGACAUAACAAUUACCAAUGAUGGCGCUACGAUCCUUAAGCUAUUGGAAGUAGAACACCCAGCUGCUAAGAUUUUGGUAGAAUUGGCUGAACUACAAGACAAGGAAGUAGGCGAUGGAACUAGCAGUGUGGUGAUCCUGGCUAGUGAGUUACUGAAGAAUGCCGAUGAUUUGGUUAAAAGUAAAAUCCAUCCUACCACCAUUAUUAGUGGUUACAGACUGGCUUGCAAAGAGGCUUGUCGUUACAUUCAAGAAAACCUAUGUAUUAACACUGAUGAAUUGGGUCAUGAAUCCAUCCUCAGUGUGGCCAGGACCAGCAUGGCCAGCAAGCUGAUUGGAGCAGAAGCUGACUUUUUUGCUAACAUGGUUGUUGAUGCCGUACAAGCUGUAAAGAUCACUGACUCCAAGGGAAAUUCUCGUUACCCAGUGAAAGCCAUCAAUGUCCUCAAGGCCCAUGGUCGAAGCAGCAGGGAAAGUGUUCUUGUCAAUGGCUAUGCUAUCAAUGUCACUGUUGGAUCUAAAGCCAUGCCAAAAAGUAUUACCAAUGCCAAAAUUGCCUGCUUAGAUUUUGGUCUCAGGAAAGAGAAAAUGAAGCUUGGGGUUCAAAUUCUAAUUGAUGACCCUAGCAAACUUGAAGAUAUUAGAAGAAGAGAAUCUGAUAUUACCAAAGAAAGGAUUGAAAAGGUUUUAUCAUCUGGAGCCAAUGUUAUUCUCACCUCUGGUGGCAUCGAUGAUCUAUGCCUGAAGUACUUUGUAGAAGCUCGCGCUAUGGCUGUCAGGCGUUGUAAACAAGCCGACUUAAGAAGAAUUGCCAAAGCAACAGGUGCUGCUCUAUUGACAAGUCUGUCCAACCUGGAGGGGGAAGAAGUUUUUGAGGCGUCUCAGCUAGGAAAUGCUGAAGAAGUUUUCCAAGAGCGCAUUUGUGAUGAUGAACUCAUAAUUAUUAAAGGUCCUAAGGCACGCACUGCUGCCUCAAUCAUUUUGCGCGGUGCCAAUGAUUAUAUGUGCGAUGAAAUGGAACGAUCCAUGCAUGAUGCCCUCUGUGUAGUGAAGCGUGUGCUUGAGUCCAAAUCUGUUGUUCCAGGUGGUGGUGCUGUCGAAGCAGCAUUGUCAAUAUAUUUAGAGAAUUUAGCCAUUUCAUUGGGUUCACGUGAACAGUUAGCUAUGGCAGAAUUUGCACAUUCCUUGCUUGUUAUCCCCAAACAAUUGGCUGUGAAUGCUGCACAGGACUCUACCGAAUUGGUUGCUAAACUGCGUGCCUAUCACAACAUGGCACAGACCAUUGAAGGACAAGGAGACCUUAAAUUGAUUGGUUUAGAUUUGUAUGAAGGAACGGUACGUGACAACAAAAAGGCCGGUGUCUUGGAACCCACUCUCUCCAAGAUUAAGUCCUUAAAAUUUGCCACGGAGGCUGCCAUUACAAUCCUUCGAAUUGAUGAUAUGAUCAAAUUGGCCCCUGAACCAAAGGAUAGAGAUCCUCAUGAUGACUGCUGCUAAUAAUGUGGUCCUUGUCCGGUUCUUUCUCUCCCAAACUGGUGCCAGUCAAAUCUGCCACUGUAGUGUGAUGAAUUUAUUUCUAAAUGUCCGCAUCUUGUUGUUCUAAACUGCAUUACAUGUAACCCCACCCUGCCACUAUACAACAGCUUCACUGUAAAUGGGACUUCAUUUCUCUUUGUACUUUUUUUCUUUCUCAUUCUCUCACUAAAGUAAUCCAUUAAACACAAA